AUGGCCGUGGUGGACGGUGCGGCGGACGCAGCUUCUGCAUUAUCCCCCGCCUCGGUCCAUCCCAAUGUCCCUCAGCCUCCAGUCGAGGCUCGUUCGCUCUCGUCCAUCACUACCAUAGCCUCCAACCCACCGGCCUAUCCUCGCAAUCCGACGCAAAAGAAGCUAGAUCCUCUCGUGCUCUAUAUUGUGCGCGUGCCUGGAAGCAAAGAUGUAUUUCUCUCGCCAUUGAAGCCUCCGACCAAAUCAAGCAUCUCCGCAGAAGCCAUUAACGCCUCCCUUUACUACCUUCAUGUUGCGACGCCAGAGGACGAGAUCCUGCUGCAGGAGGUCGAGGAGGAGCGAGAACAACAGGCGAAACUACAAAAGGAACAAUGGAGCGAUGGAGUACCGCCCGAGUUUGCGCGAUUGAACAAUGUCCGGCGAAAACCUGUCCCCGGUGGUCCUCUUCCACAGACACCAUUGCAGCAGGAGAAUGACUCGCCGUACACUGCUACUGUCGACUCUCCGCCUCCGCCUCCCCCAUCCCGCCCGACGCUUCGUCAAGGCUUUCCCAGUUUAGAGUCAGCUACCGCUGCCUCGGAUACCAGCGACCACCUUGGCGACUCGCGUGGAGAUACAGGAGAGACUAGAGCACCCCCGUUACCACCGCGUCGGCCUCUGUCGUUUGUGCCAAUAGAGGAAGCUACGCCAGGCCCGAUCAACAACAGUGCGGCGAAGAGUCAUCGAUGGAGCGCCCUGUCGGGGUACCUCAAUAGUAAAGGGCUCGAUAGCUGGAAGGAAAAGUACGAAGCCUUGUCCGCAGGACGACGUAGCCUGGACACCAGUCGGCCCGAACUACGACCGCAUACGUCUGACGGGGCAGGAUCGAACCCUCGCAGACCGUCGCCGUCAAGGAGCCCAGGGCAGUCUCCUCACAGAAGGCCGCGCGACCACAGCCAGGCCGCAGACCGACGGGGAUUCCAUAUCACUCUCAUCCGCCGCGAUCCCACUCACGGCAGUCAAUGGAAUGUUGCGACCAUCUCCACGUCCAAGACAGACAGCACCGCCGUCGACAUAGAGGUGUCGACUCCGGGGUACAACCGGUUCCUAGCCCAGGAUGAGCCUUUUUCCCUGCAAAGUCUGGGCAUAAACCUCCCAUCAGACGGACAGUCUCUAUCCUCAUCCACGUUCAAAUUUCCUACACAGUCGCACCCUGAAACACGGUCCCUGGACCCGUCCCUACCACGCAAAUUCCGCCGUCAGCUCUGCGUAUCGCGGCCACAUCAUCAGCGGGACGACUCGCGAGGCUCCCUGGAUAUGCCUCCCAACAGAGCCUCACUGGACACCUUUACUGGUAGCCCGACCCGGCCACAUUCGCACGCCCAAUCCAAGCUGAAAAGCGGCUACUACACCUUCACCUCCCCCUGGAACGGCAUCUGCACCUUCUCCACCAGCGUCAACGGCCGCAGCCUCAAAUGCAAGCACAUGAUCCCCACGCCCUCAUACCCAGGCAAUGGAACGAACCCCUCCACCCCGGCGGCUCCAGCCGUGACCGUCGCAGAAAUCCGCUUCAACACCCCCUUUCAAGCCGGCCACCCGUCCAGCUCCGCCCAUGUCUCCCCAUUCACCCUCAGCCAGACCUCCUCCGACACCCCAGGCCACUCAUCCUCCUCUCCAAGCCAAGCAUCCCACCCAAACGGACACGCACACGCACACGCCACCUCAAAACGUAACUCCCUCGCCCACCUCCUCAACCCAACAACCUACACCAGACCCCGCUCCCACUCCGGCACCAGCAUCUCCUCCGUCUCAGGCGUACCCGGCCACGCACACCCACACAGACAAAGACACGCACACACCCGCAACCCCUCCUCAAGCAGCACCAGCAGCGGCGGCGGCGGCGGCGGCGCUGACGACCUCGACCGUCUCGACUUCUCGCUCGCGCGCGAACCAGCAGGCGGGGGCCUGCGCGGCAAGAGCGCCAAACUAGGCAAACUGAUCGUCGAAGACGAGGGGAUCAAGAUGUUGGAUUUGGUCGUUGCGGCUUGUAUGGCUGUUUGGUGGAAGGGGUAUUAUCAUUAA